UGUACGAAUCUGUGCAAGGAAUUAGGCCAAACAAUGGAUAUCGAAAUUAUACUUCUCGGAAUGCAAACACAUGGAUUGUAAAUUUGCUCUGUAGAAAUUAAUUUGAAGAAGUGUACAGAAAGUGUGAGUGACAUAUCAAAAGUGUUAAAUUAAUAGCAGUGAGAGUGUUGAGUGAAGUGAUAUCCGGCGUGUCCUGAUGGCCGGAACCGCCCGGCCGCGCUAGAUCGAUCCCGCGACACCGGCGGGGCUCACGUCGGGGUAGUGAGCGCUCAGCUCGCGGCGCAGUGGGAUGCCGGUGCGCAAGGGGCUGCUUGCGCCCCAAAACACCUUCCUAGAUACCAUCGCUACACGCUUCGAUGGCACACAUAGCAACUUCGUGCUGGGCAAUGCGCAAGUGCCGUGUUACCCGAUCGUGUACUGCUCGGACGGAUUCUGUGAGCUGACAGGGUGGGCGCGCGCGCACAUCAUGCAAAAGGGCUGCGCGUGCAAAUUCCUACACGGCCCCGACACCAGUGAAGAGCACCGACAUGAAAUAGACGCGGCCUUAGACUCCAAGCACGAAUUGAAACUAGAACUGAUAUUCUAUAAGAAAACUGGUUCUCCUUUCUGGUGCUUACUCGAUAUCGUUCCAAUUAAGAAUGAAAAACGUGAAGUGGUAUUGUUCCUUGCCUCGUUCAAGGACAUUACGAAUACAAAAAUGGCGGCCAUGAACACUAAUGAGGAGUUUGACAGCGGAGCCGCGGUGCGGCCUUCAGCAGGCGUCGUCACUCUAGCGUUAUCCCCAUUUGUACCCGCAGCGGCACUAUUGGGCGCCCGGUUCCGAGCUGAAUCUAGUUGCCUACUUCCAGACCCUAAUGGCAAUCUUGACCCUGAAGCGCCCUCGCCCGCCAACAUGGGCAGGCGUCGCUCAAGGGCCGUCCUCUACCAGCUUUCAGGACAUUACAAACCGGAUAAGAUGAAGACAAAACUCAAACUAAACAAUAAUUUACUUCAUUCAUCGGACCCUCCUCUGCCGGAGUACAAAACUUCAGCAAUAAAAAAGUCAAGAUUUAUUAUCUCGCAUUACGGCGUUUUUAAAACUUUCUGGGACUGGCUCAUUCUGAUAGCGACGUUUUACGUGGCUGUGGUGGUACCGUACAAUGCCAGCUUCGUCGAUGAAGGACAUCCUAGAAUCAGUGUGACCAGUGACGUUGUUGUAGAAGCACUCUUUAUUAUUGAUAUAGUGUUAAACUUUCGAACGACGUUUGUGAGUAAAAAGGGCGAAGUGGUAUCCGAUUCCAAAGCGAUAGCCCUUAAUUACAUCCGAUCCUGGUUCGUAGUGGAUCUCCUGGCUGCGCUCCCGUUUGACCUACUUUAUGCUUCCGACGUUUAUAGUGGAACGGAAUCGACGCACGGGAAUGUGCACUUAGUGAAACUAACGAGGCUGCUCCGGCUAGCGCGCUUGCUGCAGAAGAUGGAUCGAUACUCGCAGUACUCGGCGCUGAUACUGACCCUGUUAAUGCUCUCCUUCACACUGGUCGCACAUUGGCUCGCCUGCAUCUGGUUCAUUAUCGCCGAAAAGGAAAUAGAACAUCAUAGGAAUGAGAGCUGGGAUUUAGGAUGGAUAAACAACUUGGCGGAGAGACUAAAAGUGCCAAUAAUGAACAUAUCGCAUAGUGAAAGCUACGUCACGGCGCUGUACUUCACCUGCUCGUCAUUGACUAGCGUCGGCUUCGGUAACGUAUCCGCUAACACUCUGCCAGAGAAGAUAUUCAGCAUCCUCACCAUGCUGAUUGGAGCACUUAUGCAUGCUGUGGUCUUUGGUAAUGUGACGGCUAUAAUUCAAAGAAUGUACUCGAGACGGUCCAUGUAUCAAAGCAAGUGGCGAGAUCUGAAGGACUUCCUUUCUCUUAAUCAAGUGCCGAAAGAACUGAAGCAGCGAAUGCAGGAUUACUUUCAGACAAUGUGGUCUUUGAAUCACGGCAUCGAUAUCCACGAGACGUUAAAAGAAUUCCCGGAAGAGCUGAGAGGCGAUGUAUCAUUACAUUUGCACCGAGAGAUUCUCUCGCUGCCUAUAUUCGAAUCUGCGUCGCAAGGCUGCCUCAAACUUUUAUCGCUGCAUAUCAGAAACAACUUCUGUGCACCCGGCGAGUACCUCGUACAUAAGGGAGAUGCUCUCACCUACAUCUAUUAUAUUUGCAAUGGCUCCAUGGAAGUCAUGCAGAACGAGAUGGUGGUGGCUAUUUUAGGCAAAGGAGAUUUGGUCGGUUGUGACAUGAAUACUCACUUACACGCUUUUAAUGGGACUGGAGGAAACCAACCUAACAAUCCUGAUGUCGUCGUCAAAUCAAGCAGUGAUGUUAAGGCAUUGACGUAUUGCGAUCUAAAAUGUAUCCACAUGGGUGGCUUGGCUGAAGUAUUACGACUCUAUCCUGAAUACCAACAAGAAUUCAUUCACGAUAUACAACACGAUUUGACAUAUAACUUGAGAGAAGGUUACGAAGCGGAACAGGAGUCUGACGGCAACGGUCAUCCCUCCCUGACUCUUCCCUCUAUAUCAGAAGACGAUGAAAAUGUACCAGAGGAUUACGCACUCUCGCCAAAGAAACAACCGAUAACAUCUACUAAUAGUCCCCGUCAUAAAUUUAGACCCGACGGACAACGUUUAACUCAUAGAGAAUUGCGCGAAAGAAUAGAAAGACAACGUAGCGUAGCAACACCUAAACUUGGAAGAGCCGAUUCCUUAGAAGGGCUUAAUUUAGAAGUUCAUCAUACAAGGUCAUCUGUAGACAGACUUGAUACCCAAGUUUCCACACUACAUCAUGAUGUUGCAGCAUUGAGUAUGGAGGUUCGCAAUGCAAUACAAGCAUUACAAGAAAUGACAGGACCGAGCGGAUGGCACGCAGCCCAUUCCAAUCCUAAUCUGCAAUGGAAUGCACCUCCUAAUCAACUCGCUCGCAGUUGUAGUCAUCCACCCGAUGUGUUUUGUUGGGAUCAGCAAGAAAGACCAAUUACUCCAGAGAGGCCUAAGAUCCAUCGAAGUACUCAAACAGAACCUUUCCUUCAUUCUGUUACCCAGUACAUAAUGGAACAUCCAGCGACAGUCAUGCUUCUACUAGGCAUUGACCCAAUGGCUAAUCUAGCUCCUGUGUUACCUGCCUCUGUGGAAUACUACGACCCACGUGGUCGAAGACCCAGUGCCCUUGAACAGAUUAUAGAAACCGAAAACGGUAGCCAGACACCUUCUAGUACAUCAAGCGAUAAAUUUGAACCCAAUAGAAGUCUGAGUGGUAGUGCCAGAGAGCUGGAUGUACAACCAGAAGUCAAAGUAACUGUAGACAGAGAAUACAAAACUGCAACUUUGAAAAGAAACAGAUAUUCUGCUAGUGAUAUUUGUGAAGCAUCAGAAAGAUUGCUUCCGUCAAAAGGAUCGCAACCCAGUACGUAUAGUCUUAAGGCUAAUAUCAAUGGUUAAGUUGUCUGUUGUUCUGCUCAUGAGCCAUAAUUAUUUUAAAGGCAUUUCAAUAUUGUAUUUAUCUUCGUAAGUAUUCCAUUUGUAAAGAAUACUUUUAGAGUUAAAUUCUUCGUGUUUCACGCAAAGAUUGUGCAUAUCAAUUCAAGAUAUAAGUCAUUCUGUUAUUUUAUCAAAUCAGUUUUUUAUAUCAAUGCUUCAGUGGGUUGGUAUUGUAUCUAGUCAUGAAUCAUCAUAUCAAAAGUACUGUCAG